GACGAACGUACACUGAUUAUGAAUUGUUUUAAAAGAUGUUUUACAAUAACUUACAAUACGAACCGAUUAUUACUGCACAUAAAACAAUCAUACGCUACGCCAAUGUCAGAACCUUUGUUAAUUUGUUAUAAACCAAAAUGGGUUAAUUUGCUACGAAACAAGCCUAUUUAGAUGCCCUUUGUCCAAGCUCUGUGUUGAGUAUUUCUAUACACACGGUGUACAUGUUUGCUUCAACAUAUACUGACCUGUUGUGUCCUUAUUGUUCGACUUAACGGAUUAAAAACGUUGGCCAAGGUGCCAUUAAAGCAUUGCAGAAGUGGAUUGUGUUUGUUUCCGAACUAGAGGAUGAAAUCUGUUAUAAUUGUCGGAGGUGGUCUGGUGGGAGCCCUGCACGCGUGUUUUAUGGCACAGCGAGGGUUCAAGGUGGAUCUCUACGAGAUGAGGCCAGAUAUCCGGACGCUGGAGGUUGUGCGGGGUCGAAGUAUCAACCUGUCGUUGUCCGCUAGGGGCCGGGAGGCGCUGCGCCGGGUGGGACUAGAGGACAUAGUCGUGCAGACCGGUAUACCCAUGUAUGCCCGCAUGAUACAUGACGUCGAUGGUACCCGGCGCCCUAUACCGUAUGGCAAAAAGGACCAGUACAUCAUGUCAGUGGACAGACGACACCUUAACGAGGUCUUGCUCACAGAGGCGGAAAAGGUUCCGAAUGUGACCAUGCACUUCGAACAUAAAGUGAUGGAGUGUGACUUCGACAAAGGCACCGUUAGCUUCCGAAAAAAUGACGGCAGCGUGGUGACGGCGACUGCGGAUCUGAUAGUGGGCUGUGAUGGGGCGUUCUCGGGCGUGCGGCAGCAGAUAAUGAAGAAGACUCUGUUCGACUACGAGCAGGUGUUCAUACCGCAUGGCUACAUGGAACUCAACAUGCCGCCGGCCGCGGGGGACCACUUCGCGAUGGAGGUGAACUACCUGCACAUCUGGGCACGUAACGAGUUUAUGAUGAUCGCGCUGCCCAACCAAGACAAGACCUACACUUGCACGCUCUUCAUGCCGUUCGACAUCUUCCGGACGCUGACGACCAAGGAGGCCGUGCGGAAAUUCUUCCAGGAUACAUUUCCGGACUCCAUCCCGCUACUUGGAGAAGAGUAUGUCACAGAGACCGUGUCUACAAGCAAGGCUCUUCCGUUAAUCUCAGUUAAGUGUUCCCCGUACCACGUGAAGGACAAGGCGGUGAUCCUAGGGGACGCUGCCCACGCCAUGGUGCCCUUCUACGGACAGGGCAUGAACUGUGGUUUCGAGGACUGUAUAGUGUUUGAUGACCUUCUGAACAAGCACAACAACGACAUAGGUGCUACACUGGCCGAGUACACGGAGACCAGGUCGGUGGACGCCAAGGCUAUCGUAGACCUCGCCUUAUACAACUACAUCGAGAUGCGCGAGUCCGUGAAUUCCCGGAUGUUCCUGUUGCGAAAGAAGUUGGACAACUUCCUGUACUGGCUGUUCCCCAACACGUGGGUCCCGCUGUACACAUCGGUAUCAUUUUCGAGGAUUCGCUACCACCAGUGUAUCAAGAAUAAACAGUGGCAAGAUAGGGUCUUGAGGCGGGCUAUGUACGUCGGCGUUUCGGGCCUCCUAGCAGUAGGGUACUGCGCGCUCACGAGACCACAAUACUUCCGGCUCUCACUUCCGGUUCAACUUGAGGACUUUGUCAACAGAGUGCGACCGUCAUGGCUUGAAAGAAUAUGCUUCUAGUAUUUUAUGUUUGAAUUUGCGAGAAGGAAUUUGUUGUAACCUUGAGGGUUUGACAAUUAUAUUAGUGUGUCUUUGUGUUUUAUUUCUUUCAAAUUUGAAGGGGAAUUUGACGAUCCUUUGAUCGUAAAGAACAAUUAGUUGUUCGUACAUACAGGACUGAUUGUUUAAACAUGGCGUUUUGAAUUACUGUUGAUACCAAACAAUACACUGAGCGUUAGUAUACGUUAGUAUAGGACAAAUACAUUUGUAUAUAUUGAAGUUGAAUGGAACGUGAAUGCAUAUCAUGAAAUUGUUAAAUAAAUGUAUAAUGUUUUGCGUGGUCAAAUGUUAAAAUUUAAAAGUAAAAUAUCGGUAUUGGUUACCUGUCUUUGUAUGCCAGAGUAUAACACAAAUAAUGCAGUGGUAAUGAAUGCUAACAAUCUUUAUGAAAUAAAUAUUUAAACAAA